AUGUCGAAGCGACACUGGGAGACCGACUUCACCUUUAAAUAUCACCAGAAGUCCUAUCCUUCUAUCUCACCGACGCGACCCGAGGUGUCCAUAGCCGGCAAGACAGUUCUCAUCAGCGGCGGCGGUCGCGGCCUAGGCGUCGGCAUCGUUGAGGCCUUCGCAGCAGCUGGCGCGACCCACAUCAUCAUACUGGGCCGAAGCAUCGCGACCCUGAAUGACGUGGCAGAGCGCCUCAGGCCCGCGCACCCAUCCACAAAAAUCACCACGGUAUCAGGUGACAUAUCCGUUGAGGCCGACGUCGGGCGCGCCUUCGCACCGGCAAAAGGCGCCGGGGGCGUGGACAUCGUAGUCGCCAACGCAGGCUACCUGCCCGCCCCGGGCCCAAUCGCCGCCGCUGCCGGAAACAGCGAUAGCGAGUACACCUCGGACUGGUGGAAGGCGUGGGAGGUUAACGUCAAGGGCCUGCUCCUGCUGGCGCGCCAGUUCCUCGCCUCCGCGCGCGGCCCGGGCGCCGUCUUCGUCAACAUCUCCGCCAUGGCUGCCCACAACAACCCUCCGAUGGCGCGCUUCUCUGCCUACUCGGGGAGCAAGAUCGGCGCCGCUCGUGUGAUCGAGACAAUGCAGAUUGAGUACCCCGAUUUUCGGUUUUAUAAUGUGCACCCGGGCGUUGUGGCCUCGGACAUGUUGGCUAAGUCUGGGCUUGAAAGCUCGGCGCAGGAGAUUCCCUAUGAUGAGCCUGAUCUGGCGGGGCACUUUGUGACGUGGCUGGCGAGCCCCGAGGGCGACUUUCUCAGGGGCAAAUAUCUAUGGGUGAACUGGGAUGUUGAUGAGCUCAAGGCGAGGAAGGAGGAGCUCAGUGCACCGAAAACAUUAGUCACCGGUCUUCUUGGUUGGGUGUGA